UAUGCGUCCUUUGUUUGAAUCUUUACGCCUCAAAAGGUCAGAAUUAUGAGCCAACAACGACUAGUUUUUGCACCACGAUGAUGCACUGUCUCAUACUGCAUUGAAUUUAUUUGAGUAUUUCGCAAAAAAAAAAAAUUAACAAAAAUCAUUGUUCAACCACCGCAUUCGCCUGAUAUGGCCCCGUGUGACUUCCGGCUAUUCUUCAAAGUCAAAACACUUCGGGAAACGCGUUUCGAGUCGACUAGAGAGACAAAAGCCGAAUCGAAAAAGGUAAAAAAAAUUCUAAAGUGAACAAAAAAAUAUUUUGAAGUACACCACAAUAUUAUAUAUAAUAAUGUGAUUGAUAUAAGAAAGGCAUCAUUACAGCACUAGGUGGAACAAACAACAGGUUUUUAGAAUUACUGCCAAUCAACAUCACAAAAGAAAGAGAGUGAAAAAAUUAUUCAGUUUAGUAGAUGAACCGAUUUCCCACACUGCUCGCAUACAUAACAAUAAAAUAAUGUUUGACUCGUUAUCAACUGAACAUUCGCGACUACGCAAUCAUCUUAUCAGCUUCUUAAAUACGGGGGCUCCAGAAGUAGGUUACGAAUAGCACUGAUACAGACUACCAUGGACAUGGGUUCGUUGAGUCAAAAGCUGCCACACCAUUGGAACUGUAUAUCAAACAUCAACACCGGAAUUUCUAAUUAUGCAUCAUUGUGAAAUGUAUAGAAAAAAAACCCAAGGUGCAUGUUAUUAUUUUGUAAUAAAUAAACAAGAAUAAGGUAGGAUUAUAAAUCCAGAAAUCGGACCGAACCGAGUAGUCACGAUGAAAAGGAUUCUGCUGCUACUCGCAGCUUUAACUCUAAGCUCGACACAAAAUGCACAGGGAUUUGGUUACGAGUUACUUCUCGGACAAUUCGAUCAACUUGAGCAGGAUCUUCAAAAAUUUAAUGAUAAACUUUCGCGAGUUAUUUCUGGGAAAAGUGAUCACCGGUUCACAAAUAGGACAUUCGAUGCAACCUUUGUAUCCUCGUGCAAGGACACCAACACCAAUGUCAGUGGAGUUUAUAGAAUCAAUCCGGAGCUCUCGAUAGUGCCACCAUUUCUUGUGUACUGUGAUAACAACGUGAGUGACGGAGGAUGGACGGUGAUUCAUCGGCGAUAUGAUGGCAGUCUUAAUUUCAACCGCAACUGGGCCGAAUAUCGACAGGGAUUCGGAAACUUGCAAGGAGAAUAUUGGUUGGGACUGGAAAAGAUGCAUCAAAUAACUCGUAUAGGAAACUAUGAGUUGCUGGUAGUUUUGAAGGAUUUCAAUGGAACAUCUAAAAGUGCUCUUUAUGGUCACUUUUCAGUUGCCAGUGAAUUCGAACAGUAUAAACUUAAUCUCGGUCGGUUCGUGAGUGGCGAGGCUAAGGAUAGUUUAAGUGCAAUCAAUGGCAUGAUGUUUUCCACUGUGGAUCGGGAUAACGACGUUGGAGAUGGAAACUGCGCUCAAACCCAUUCCAGUGGAUGGUGGCAUAAAAAUUGUUUCGAGGCGAAUAUGAACGGCAUGUAUAUGAAAGGCAGAGUACUGAAAACCAUGUCAUGGUACUAUUUCAACAAUUCGCAUGAGUGCUUGCAGGAAGCCAAGAUGCUGAUUCGACUGACGGAAAGCAAUUAAGCAUCAGAGUUACAACUUCCGCAUUAUAUAUUACCACCGUUAGUGAAUUAAAUAAGGCGAAAUGAGAUACUAACGAGACAAUCGGGGAAAUCCGUUUCAUGGCUAAUUAUUUUACAAUCAAAUCAUUUUAUAAGAACAUGUAUAAAAAAAUUACAUCCAAAUCAAUGGAACAUAACUAUGUUAUAACGAGGCAAUAAAAUCGAUGAGGUUCACCCUUUGAAC